GCUCGGUACUACACCCACCGCGGCGCCAUAUUACAACGACGCUCCUCUGCUGCGGAACGAGUCCGGGGAGGAGAGCCGUUCUCCCGACUCCACGGGUCCUCACCACCGGACUGCUCCGGCUGCACCACACGACGGGUCUCUGCUCUAUGGUCCACGGCGAGUGACUGGACCGGACAUCUCGGGCAGCGUCGUCGUUCAGCGGAGUUCGCCGCCGGCAGACACACAGACAUGACUUCCUUGACUCAGCGGAGCUCGGGCCUCGUGCAGAGGCGGACCGAAGCCUCGCGCAGCGCCGCCGACAAGGACCGCGCGCCCGCCGAGGAGGACGACGAGCCGCGGCGCGGGGACGAGCCGGAGGUCGAGGACACCGGGGACUCCAAGGAGACGCGCCUCACCCUGAUGGAGGAGGUGCUGCUGCUGGGCCUGAAGGACCGGGAGGGCUACACCUCGUUCUGGAACGACUGCAUCUCGUCGGGCCUGCGAGGCUGCAUGCUGAUCGAACUGUCCCUGAGAGGACGCCUGCAGCUGGAGACCUGCGGCAUGAGGAGGAAGGGUCUGCUGGCCAGGAAGGUCAUCUGUAAGUCGGACGCUCCGACAGGCGACGUGCUGCUGGACGAAGCCCUGAAACACAUCAAGGACACGCAGCCUCCGGAGACGGUGCAGAGCUGGAUCGAGCUGCUCAGCGGAGAGACGUGGAACCCCCUGAAGCUUCAUUAUCAACUGCGGAACGUCCGUGAGCGACUUGCCAAGAACCUGGUGGAGAAAGGCGUCCUCACCACUGAGAAGCAGAACUUUCUGCUGUUUGACAUGACGACACACCCUCUGACCAACAACAACAUCAAGCAGCGCCUCAUCAAGAAGGUCCAGGAGGGCGUCCUGGACAAGUGGGUGAACGACCCCCAUCGAAUGGACAAGCGGCUGCUCGCGCUCAUCUUCUUAGCCCAUUCCUCCGACGUCCUGGAAAACGCCUUCGCCCCGCUGCUGGACGACCAGUACGACCUGGCUAUGAAGAGAGUGCGGCAGCUGCUGGAGCUGGAGCCGGAGGGAGAGAGCAUGAAGGCCAACACCAACGAGCUGCUCUGGGCCGUGGUGGCCGCCUUCACCAAAUGAGGCUGCCGCACACACAGAGACAGGAAACACUGGCUGCAUUGUACAUUGGGGUUGGAGUCACAGUACUAACCCAACCUGGUGAACUGACAGACUCACAGUGGACCCCCCCAUGUGUCCUUUGUGUGUUCACUUUUGCUAAAAAAAAAAGAAUAUGGAACUUUGAAUGAAGUGGUAGACGACGAUGAUAUGGUGUGGCUGAAAUCAAGAUGUUGAUUCUUCUUCUCCUCUUUCUUUUCUAUGGGGGAUAUGUUUGAGACAGAUGGAGGUACAGUAUAGACAGCAAGGUAGAGUUUACCUGAGUUACCAUCCUGACACACCGUACACGUACAGGGCAGUGAUGCUGUACAGGAACGAAAGGGUUUUGAUGGAGAUCUUCUACCAGAUGUGUAAGGAUCUGAUGUGUUCGAUGUCACAGCAUUGUUUUACUUUUAUAUCAAGUACUGGUAGAAAAAACAGACGUGGUCAGAUCCAGAAGUAUAUCACAGAGUAUCGCUUCAGCAUAUUACAUUUUUAAAUUCAAAGUUUUUACUCUGGUGAUGCCUCUUAGUCCAUCCGAUGUAAAUACACCUGCUUGUCCUGUGGCUGGGGGAGGGUACAUGGAAACAGAGAAGCCUUCAGAGUUCAUAGGUCACCGGACCUGCAGGGUCGGGUCAUGGGGCCAUGGAGGGAAACCCAGGUAGAGUAGGAACGUGAGUUCUGAGCAGACGGACAGAACAAUAUGAAGAUAAUUCCUUUGUAAAUGAGGGAUGAACCACGGAACCUUAACAUGCAUAUAUAGUUCCAGAGUCCUGACCUGUAUGACCUAACCAGUUACGUAAGUAAAAUAUUUUGGGACAAAAAACAUUCAUGAGCAAUGAAAAGCCGUAACAUGGUGAACGUCAGUGGACGGACUGGAUGAUGGCAUCGUGCUGACAAUAUUGAUGAAAUAAAGAAUUCCUAACUGUUGCAAA